AUGGACGGCGCCGCCGCCAAAUGGAAAUACACCACCACCGCCGCGGAAAUCGCCCCAAACUGCCCCCGCUGCACCUCCGCCAACACAAAAUUCUGCUACUACAACAACUACAGCCUCUCCCAGCCCCGCUACUUCUGCAAGGCCUGCCGCCGCUACUGGACCAAAGGCGGCUCCCUCCGCAACGUCCCCGUCCGCGGCGGCUGCGGCAAAUCCCGCCGCGCACGAGCCGCCGCCACCACCCGCCACUCCUCCACCUCCUCCCCCUCCCCCGCCCCCGCCGGAGCCUGCAUUGACAUGGCCGCCGUCUUCGCCAAUUACGUCAGCAGCGCCGGCGGCGACGAGUCGUCGUCGGAAAAUGCUCCGGCGAGCGCGUUUGGGGAGGCUACGGCGGCUUUUGAGUAUCAGACGCCGCUGGGAUUGGUUGGAGAUGAUCAGAUGCAGCAGCAGGGGAUGAUGACGCAGAUGUCCAUGUGUCAGGAUGUGAGUGGCCAGCAGUUUUUGUUUGAGAUCGGGGAGGAUAUGUUGUGGGAGGAAGGUACAACUCUGCCGAGCUUAGCGUACCCGGCGGUGCAGGUGAAAGACUGUGGGGUGUUCGCACCGGAUAAUUGGAGUUCUUUUGAUCUCUCUGCCUAUGAAUUUUGA